GUAACCGGCAAUAUUUUAAAUAAGUUGACAACGAACUUUUAGAAUAAUCCUGGACACUUCAGUCGCCGAAUAGGAAUAUAUAAACAUCAUAUUACUGUCACAAACUGCAAGCAUUUCAAAUUAGGUUGAUAAUCAGUACUAAAGAACCCUACAUGACAACAGGUCCGGAAAUUUCGAAGGGUUUAGAACAAUGGAAUACCGAUUUGGGAAAAAAUGCAAUUUUACAAUACGGAUUUGAACUUAUCAGUAAUACUGUAAAAGCUGAAUUAGUUCCGCAACUACUUCUGGAUUCUAUAAAGGAAAUUUAUCAAGAUAUUAAUUCUAAUCUUUCAAAUUUAGAUGCUAUCGCUUUUAAAGAAGAAUCAAAAAGUGGUACCACUCAACGUAUUACACCCAAAGUAAUCAUGUCUGAAUUAAAUAAAGUUAUUCAACCUGAAGAAUUCAGUCAAACAAGUGAUUUAUACCAAUCAAUUGUACAAAAGUUUGAUGAGAAAUUAAAUAACCGGGAAAAGAUUUGGUGUACGAUUUCGGCAGAUAGAGCUGUUAAAAAUGCCUUAGCAUUUGACAUUCUUGAGAGUAUUUUACUAAGACUAAUAAAGUUUACGGUACCAAGAAUUAUUAGGUUUACAAUGGGAGAAGAAUUCGUUUUUAUCAUUAUUUUUGAACAAACAAUAAGUGAAACGAUCAAAGAGUUGACUACCAAUGAAUAUAAUCUUCAGUAUAAAAUCUUGCGGAUGAAUCGGCUAAAAAUGAUCGAUAAGGUAGCAAGAAAAAAGCCUGGUGAUGUACUCAUUUCAAUGGCUGUUGACUCAUUGUUAUCACUUUCAAUCCCUGGUCCAAUUACUGGUACAUAUACAAACAAUCCGAUUGAAGAGAAACUAUUAAAAACUUUAGUUUGUGACGUAUUGUUAAAUCGAAUUUGUUCAGUUGAUGGAGCUACCAAUAGAGUUGGUGAAUGUUUGCCCUUGGCUACGUAUCACGACAUGAUAAGUGAGGAUAUUGUGAGUACAUUUAAUAGAUUUAUUUACUAAACUUUGAAUGACACUAGACGAGCAAGAAAAUGCAUAUUUUUCUUAUUGGUUUCUCCAACAAUAGCUACAGCUCACCGACCCAAGCAGUAAAAUUUCAUCUUAUGUGGAAUAGUAUAACCCCCCCAUCAUCUACGCACAAUUGAAAAAUUUUGGUCCAAAACAUCCUACAGAAACUCACAUAACACGCUGAGAUAUUCGCUACCAGUUUAAUGUAAAGUGCUUUAUCAACUACUUUACAUCACUGCUUUAAGUUUACGAAAGUGAAAAUAAAAUAUGACUGUUUCACUUUUUUAUUUAUUUGAAAAUAAUUAGUUGUAUUCUGAACCGAAAAUAAUUGGUGAACUCCCGAAAGCAUCGAUUACUGGAUAAUUUUCUGAAUUUAGUUUACCCAUCAACAGUUUAUUAGGAUUAAUAGUCAGCUUAAUAACUUGACGUUUUAUUUAUGAUGAAUUAAUGGGUGUCUUAGAUUUUCAUUUUAAGACAAUUCAUUUAUGUAAAACAACGUAUUGAAUCAAUGUCUAUCUACAUAAUAAAUCUUGUUUGACUUUGGAAUUUUAACUAGUGAGAUGGUUCAGGUUGGCUUGGUUAACUGGAGUUGUCAGAUUUUGUCGUUGUUGUGUGAUUCAUCACUAGUGAGUAAAUUUAUUCAAUUCAUGUAGCUAGACAAACACAACUUAAAAGUUCAACACUAAAUAAAUUCAUUUUCAUCAGUUUUUUACAGAAGGAUUAGAAAUGUUGAAAUAUCACAUUGAUAACGACCUUGAAGAUAUUGAUCUCAUAGAAACUCAUCAAGAAACUAAGCCAGUUUUUAACGCAUACGGAUAAUGUUUUCCAUUCUGAUACUGAUGCCGAUGAAGGAUAUUUGUUUGUUACCUAAGGAUUAGUUUUGUGACCCCUAUUUUCAUAACAAUCUGAAGUCAUCAUUGUGAAGUGUCAGUAGUAUAACACUGAAAUCUGUUAUUUUCGGAAAACUCAUUUUUAGCACAAAACGUUAAUCGUAUACACAGAAUUGCAGUGCUACCAAAUUUUUCCUCUAUAGAAUACAAUUUGUAAAAUAAUAGUAAUCAUAAAUUUGUU